AUGUGCAUCCUGAUGGACACCUAUCAUGUGAACCUGAAUUUUUUCACGCACGAUGAAGAAGAAGAAAGGGUAAACAUAGCAAGUAAUUUCAACCUGCACUGUUCCCGCGAGCUCCUUAAACAGUUAAAGCUAAAUGAAAAUGAUAACGUUGUUUUGUGCCGCACGAAGGGAGGAAGGAAGGCAUAUGUCUGUUGCUGCGUGAAGGGAUGUUCUGAGUUGAACUUGAAAAAACAGAUAAAAUGGAAUGACGUCUUUGCGAAUACAUUUUUGUUGAGCAGUUUGAAAAUUGGCGUAUCGAGCGAACGUGAGGAGGAGGAUGGGGACGAAAAGGAACAUGUCAGUGGGGUAGGCAAAUCUGGGAGAAAGAAGGAAACGCAGAAAAAGCAUCAAAAUGUGAGCGUUGAAAUAAGGAAGGCAGAGCUAUACACCCCAAUCAAACAAAUCAAACUUGGAGUGCAGGAAAUAAUUAACGAAUCCUAUGAAAAUUUGAAGGACUAUUAUCAUGAUGAACAUAGUAGCUAUAUGUUGCAAACCUUUUGGAAUAACCUGAAAAGUAAGAACAUGGAGAGGUACAUAAAUCUGUCCUUGUUAAAUACUUGCUUAUUUCCAGGAAAUUGCCUCAAAAUUUGUGUACUGGGUGUACAUACGCGUUUGACCGUCACAGACUUGGUCGUCCAAAUGAAGGAGAAGCAAAACUGGGAUGUGGCUCCCCUCGGUAAGGGUUUUCGUGUCCCCUAUGUAAGUCAGAGUAGCAAGAUUGUCGUAGAGAGGGCGAAUGCACUUGGAUCGGAGAGUUCAAGCAGUGAUGCCAAUAGUGUUCGCAACAGUGGUGACAACAGUGAUGAUAGCGUAAGGGGUGUCCAGAACGGGGAAAACGGAACCGAAGGAAGGCCCAAGGGAGAUGCAUCCCCCCGUGAUAGCACCAAAAAAAAAAACAAAAACGGAAAAGAGAAAAAUUACCCAAAAAAUACAGAAAGCCGGAAAAAGAAGGGACUAAAAAAAAUAGGGGGAUACCAAAAAAUUAAGGACGAAAUUUAUUACUACAUUUUAUUGCCACUGAUAUAUAAAAAUAUAUAUGAUGAAUUCCACAUCGAUAUAAACAGAGGCAUCUUACUGCAUGGACCUCCGGGGUGUGGGAAGACCUUCAUCGCUUUGGCAAUCAAGGAGGAGUUACUACAAUUGAGAAAGAAAUUAUCACACAUGAAAUUAAAAAAAAAAAUGAAUCAUCUAAUUAGAUCAAAAAAGGAGGGCACACCAGAGCAAUGUACAAAGACACAAACGGGCUGUCUCAACGAAAGUGGGGAGUUAACUCAUGACCAUUUCAAGGACGACAUAAUCCUACCAGAAAUGGAAAUCCUAAGAAGUACCGACCUAAUCGAUAACAACAAUAGUGGGUCGAAGAUUAACGAACUUUUUCUAAGGUGCUACAAGAGGUACAAGGAAGAAAACAAAUGUUCCAUUGUGUUCAUUGACGAAAUUGAAGUUCUUUGUGAAAAGAGAGAAAAUGCAAACAUAAAUUUGUAUACUUCUACUUUGCUUAAUAAUAUGGAUGGAAUAAAAAAGAACACACACACAAUUUUGAUAGGGGCAACAAACUACAUUAAUCAAAUGGACUUAGCCUUGAGGAGAAGUGGAAGGUUUGACAAAGACAUCGAGAUAAAUGUUCCCAACCUCAAGGACCGAAUUUCCAUUUUUAAGAAUAAGCUAAGCAGAGUCCAUCACAAUAUAAGUGUAAAGCAAAUGAAAGAAAUUGCAGACAUGUGCCAGUCCUUCACAUGCUCCGAUAUUAACGCUUUAAUCAACGUUUCCAUGUACAUUUAUUUGAGGGAGAAUCGUCUUGUGUCUCGCAGGGCCCUUAGGAAGACCUUACAAGGAUCGAACAACGGGGAUGUGGUCGAAGAAGAGGGAAAAGAAGUGAAGAAAGGGGGGGAAGAAAAAGGACAAUAUGACAAGGAAUCAAAGGGAAUCAAGGAAACGGUGCAAGAUGACGCAGUUGGAGGAUUCUCUCCUGCCCCCAAACCUGAAGAACCAGAACACCUUCUCAAAUACAAACACCUGCUAAAGGGGCUAAAAUACGUGAAGCCCUCCGGCAUGAAAGAACUCUACGUAGAUAUCCCCAAGACAAGAAUCAAAGAUAUAGGGGGCUAUCAAUUUGUGAAAAGAUGCAUUAAGGAGUGCUUAAUAUACCCCAAAAAAUACAAACAUGUGUACGAAAAAUAUAACAUACAGAGUCCCAAGGGUAUAUUACUAUAUGGGCCCCCUGGGUGUUCCAAAACUCUGUUCGCAAAAGCCAUAGCUAGCGAAAUAAACAUGAAUUUCAUCAGUGUUAAGGGACCUGAAAUUUUCUCUAAAUAUGUUGGAGAAUCUGAAAAGACAAUUAGAAAUAUAUUUAAGAAGGCUCGGGAGAACAAUCCCUGUGUAAUCUUCUUUGAUGAAAUUGACUCCAUCGCGGUGAACAGAAAUUUGAAUCAAAAUUUCGUCACCAACAGGGUCUUAUGUCAGCUACUAAACGAAAUAGAUGGAAUUUAUAACCGAGUCGAUGUAAUAAUUUUGGCAGCCACAAACAGACCCGAUCUUAUCGAUCCCGCUUUGUUAAGACCGGGACGAUUUGAUAGAAUUAUUUAUGUUCCCCUCCCAAAUUAUAAAUCCAGAUUAUCUAUUCUUAGGAAGACUCUAAAAUUUUACAAAAUUAAUAAUAUGAUAAAUGGACGGGGGGAAAAUGACCCUCCAAGUAAUUCCUGCGUGCGGGUUAUCAACGAAGAAACAAGCCGCUGCGAUGGAAAGUCUACCCCGUUGAAGGGAGAUAUUCUAUCAGAGGGAAGUGCAAUAGAAUCGCAUCGCAAUACUUCCACACACACCGCUACAUUGGGCAUGGUGGAAAAAGUACAAAUGAAGAACGAAAAACAUUAUGUUGAUUGUAACUUGGACUCCUGUACCCCCACGAAUGGCCUGCUGGAGAAGGAAGAGAAAGCGCCAAAUCGGAUCGAUCUUCCCAUAUGUGAAAAAGGUGGGGAAAAUUCCAAAACAAUAAAUGAAGAACAUUUUUCAGAGGGGAAAAACAACGGCGGUCAUAUGAAGGAGGAACACCAAAGGGAACCCCUCCCUCAUAACAAUAAUAAUAAUAAUUUCACAGAGCUAUGUCAAUUUUUGGCUAAGAAAACAAAAAAGUAUAGCGGUGCCGAAAUUGUAAAUAUUUGCAGAGAAGCAUCAAUAUGUGCAUUACGAGAGACCCUGAAAAACUGCAGAAAUGAAAAACAAAUCCAGAGGGGAUCCUUCACCAGAAGUUCCUUGGUUGGUCUCAGGAAAGAGCAUUUUGUCAAAGUCUUAAAAAAAAUUAAACCGCAAACAUCCGACAAGCUUAUAAAUUUCUAUAAAAAGUACAACGAACAAAAAAAAGGAUAA